GCAUAAGCAGCUGAUUAGAGUAUUAAACUCAAACGAUGAACCACCUUAACAGCUGCUCUGGCCCACCGCAGUUUCCAGGGUAUGGCGUUGACUAGUGAUAGAAUCACUGACUUUUAUCGCCGGCCCCGAAAAGGAGCUUCCCAGCUAUCAAAGCUAACAUGUUGAUGUUGCUUUAAAUUACUAGGAAGAGAAAUUAAAAACGCCUUUUUAGAGAUACUGCUUCCUUCUAAAUUUCUUAAAUUUAAGUUUAAUUUUUUUUUUGGUUCUAUACUCUCUCUGUUAUACGCGUUUUUUCUAUUUUUAUUUUGUUGAAUGAAAUUUCUAAAAAAUCUUUUACUAGUCCAAUCAAAUAACACGGAAAUUUUAAUUCACUACCUCUAUCAUUUUCAAUGCUCCUCCAUUCUUCUUCUUCUUCUUCUCUAUCUCUCCUCUUCUAUGUAUCCUGUUUAUUCUACCCAUUUGUUUUGAUUUUUGAGCUCUGCUGAGUCAACUCGCCAUUAAUCCGUUUCUUUCUCAUUGAUAGUUCAUCUGUUUUUUUUUUUUUUAUUUAAAUUUGUUUUGAUGAAAUGGUUGAGUUUCCCAAGUGGUUAGAUCGGUUUCAUGUGGUUCUGGUGCUGCUUGUUCUUGUGCUGCAUCAAAAUCUGAACUGCUGUUUUUCACUGAACGAUGAAGGUUUAGCUUUACUGAAAUUUAGAGAAGGAGUGGUAAGCGAUCCAUUUGGGGGUCUUUCUACCUGGAAUGAUGAGGUUGGAGUGGUGACUCCAUGUUCUUGGAGUGGGAUUGAGUGUGCUGAUGGUUACGUUGUCUCAUUGAACUUGAAAGAUUUGUGUCUUAGAGGUAGCAUAGCUCCUGUUCUCGCGAACCUGAUUCACAUAAAAUCUAUAAUUUUACGCAAUAAUUCAUUUUACGGCACCAUACCUGAAGAUAUUACAAAGUUAAAAGAGCUGGAAGUGUUGGAUUUGGGCUAUAAUAACCUCAGCGGAGCACUUCCACCAGAACUUGGCAACAAUUUGUCUCUGACAAUCCUACUGCUGGACAACAAUGGAUUGUUCAACUGCUUAUCUCCUGAAAUUUAUGAGCUUCAAAUGCUGUCUGAAGCUCAAGUAGAUGAGAAUCUGCUACGUCCGGGGUCAAAGAUUUUAUCUUAUGAAAAAACUCGGAACAUCGCAGACUCUAGAGAUAUAGCAUGGCGGAGAAUGUUGCAGUCGCUAGCUGAUGUGCCAAGGAAUGUCCGGGCAAUUUUUCAACCUCCCCAAAUUUUUCCGCUCAAAAAUGCACCAACACCUUCUCCAACUCCAUCUCCAUCCCCAUCCCCUUCCCCAUAUCCAUCUCCAUCUCCAUCCCCAUCGCCGUCCCCGUUCCCAUCCCCUUCUUUUGGUCCAUCUUUUUCCCCAGAAGAAUCCUUCCCUUCCCCUGUGGCUCCUGCUUCUGAACCCUCACUUUCUACCCAACCAGAAAGUCCUUCUAUCUUUGUCAGAAAGAACAAAUCUAGUCGCCAUCAUGUCAUAGUAUUAUCUUCAGCUAUUGGAGCUUCUGUUCUGCUUCUGUUACUGGUGGCUGGCGCACUUUUCUGUAGAAGUAGUAAAGUUGCUGUUGUCAAACCUUGGGCUACGGGACUGAGUGGACAGCUGCAGAAAGCUUUUGUGACAGGUGUGCCAAAGCUGAACAGAUUGGAGCUUGUAACAGCUUGUGAAGAUUUCAGUAAUGUUAUAGGAACCACAGCUUCUGGGACUUUAUACAAGGGCACUCUGUCCAGUGGGGUUGAAAUUGCAGCACUAGCCUUUUCAAUGGAAUCUCCCAAGGAUUGGUCAAGGACUAAUGAAAUUCUGUUCAGGAAGAAGAUUGAGACCUUAUCAAAAGUAAAUCACAAAAAUUUCGUGAAUCUUCUGGGGUAUUGCGAGGAAGAACAACCUUUCACGAGAAUGAUGGUAUUUGAGUAUGCUCCUAACGGCACACUAUUCGAGCAUUUACACAGUGAGUACAUUUCUAUUUCAUGCUUCUUGAUAGAAAUCGCAAAUGUGAUAGCUAAGGAUGAAACUGUCUUAUAUUCUCAUGUGUGGUUAUGUCCUUAAAACUCUAUGUCAGACUCGGAACUAGUUAAAAGUGUAUUACCUCUCAUACCUAUGAUAGGAUUAAAGUGUUUAGUUCUCAUCUACUUAUGCAUUAAUGUCAUUGGAUCCUUAUGUGGAAUGACAGCAAGCAACUAUACUGGUUUCAAAUUUGAUAGAUAUUUUUUCAUUUCAUUAAGCUAUUGAUAUAACUUAUUGCUUGCCUAAUUGUUACUUUCUUUAAUGAUGUACCUAUCUGUGAAAAUGAAGUGUCUAUAACUUUACGAUACAUAUUGGAUGCAUUAGCUGGUGGAGGCAUCACUUUGAUCUCUCUGGAGCUAGGUUUGUGGGUUGUUUGGUGGGCGGAUCUUUCUUUAGCACUUUGUUGGUUUUUGAGACUUUGUAGAACUGAUGGGUGUUAAUAUAUAAGUUUUGUUCUGUUGCACUCAACAUUAUUUUGGGAUUAUUUCAGCAUGCAUUUUGGUGUGAUAGCAUUCAUUUAGUUGAUACUUGGCCUCAAUGGCUUUUCUCUACUGCAAGCCACGCCUAAUAUUCUCAUAUCUUCUGUGUCAUGCAGUAAAAGAAGCUGAGCCUUUAGAUUGGGCUUCACGAAUGAGAAUCCUGAUGGGCAUAGCAUAUUGCCUUCAGCACAUGCAUCAACUGUCCCCUCCAAUAACUCACAAAAAACUGAAUUCUUCAGCAGUUUAUCUAACUGAAGAUUAUGCAGCUAAAGUUUCAGAUUUUUCCUUUUGGAAUGAGAUGGCAGCAUCUGAGGUGGACUUGAAUCCGCAGAGUAAUGUCUACAGCUUUGGUGUUUUAGUUUUUGAAAUGGUGACGGGUCAGCUCCCUUACACGGUAGAUAGAAGCUCGUGUGAAGACUGGGCAUCGGACUAUAUGGGAGGAGGCCAACCACUCAGAAAUGUUGUAGAUCCCACUCUUAAUUCUGUUCACGAGGAGCAGCUUGAGAGAAUUGACGAAAUAAUGAAGGCAUGUGUCAACCCCGAUCCUAGACGAAGACCUGAAAUGAGAGAGAUCACGGCGAGGUUAAGAGAAGUAACAGCGAUUGGCCCGGAUGCAGCAAUUCCAAGAUUGUCACCUCUUUGGUGGGCGGAACUCGAGAUCUUGUCUGCAGAAGCCAACUAAAGCUGGAUUUAUAGCUGCAUGUGAGACAUUUUCACCUGCCAAAUUAUCGUUUUUGAAGCUACUCGGGAGAAGUCUGCCAAAGAAUAGCUAUUUGUAACUAAUGUAGGGAUAUGGCAGUUGUACAUAAACCGAGAUGCAAAAAUCACGAUUUUUCUUUUUUUUUUUUUUCCUUUUUCAUUUAAAUUUUUUGCUUUGAUCAAGGAAGGAAUUAUUUUAGGAUGAAGUUAGGAAUGUGGAAAAUGGUGGGAGGAGAUGAUUUGAUCACUUGUUUAAAGUCUCUUUAAGGUUUUUGUGCCCGUAUCAGAUGUUAGAAACUAGAGCAGAAAUCGUUCCAUCAGUGUAGUUCCGGAAUCAAAAACAUAACAUUGGAAAAAUUACGUCCGUCCCAGAAUACUGAAAAAGUAAUUUCCUAUAAAUUGGCAAUGCCCAAG